AUGGAGAUCACAGUCAUAUCAGCUGAAGGCCUCAAGAAUAAAUCCUCAGCCCUCUUCUCAAGCUCUCUCAGACCCUUUGUCACCCUCACUGUACCACCGCCACCCACCGCCACCAACGGUGAUAAGCCCUGCCACGUGUACAAAUCAAGGGUGGAUGAUGAAGGAGACAUUAACCCAACUUGGGGUGAUAAGUUUCAUCUACCAAUUGAUGCCACCUUCUUAUACAAAACACACUCUUUUAUAUAUCUCCAAUUGUACACCAAACGUGUGAUGGGUGGUCAGACUCAACUGGGUUGGUGUCAGAUUCCGGCAUCCGAUAUCGUAGAUGGGUUGUCGCCUCCGGGAUUGCUCCGCCGCCUGAGUUACCGGCUCCGGGAAAGAGAUGGUUCGAGAGGCCACGGUGUUGUCAACAUUGCAGUGAAGUUGGACUCUUCAAUUUCUCUGAAUUCUAAUCUGACACACUUGCCGGAGAUGGGUUUGUGUCAGAAAACGGUGAUCGGUGUUCCAGUGACAAUGUCGCCAGCGGCCAGUGGUGUGUUGGAUGGUAGUUGUAACAGAAAUGGUAGUUACACAGAAUUCGAACACAGAAAAUGCACAAAAAGUAUAAAAUGGAGUUGA